AUGGAGGAGGGAAUGUUAGUUCUCAUGCACGAUGACGGCGAGAUCGAUGAUGACGAAUUCCUUGUUUUUCAUGAGGCAAAUAGACACGGAAACGGAAAUAUGAACGUUUUAAUCUGGAUGGGAUGCGAGAGGACGAAUUUUUUAUAUGAUUCAUUUUCUGACCGGCUUCAAAACCUGAACCAGCCAUGGCUUUCCCCACAACACCUGAAGGUGUAUGCACAGGCAAUUCACAACAGAGGUGCUGCAUUGGAUAACUGCUGGGGAUUCAUUGAUGGCACAGUAAGACCGAUUUGUAGGCCCAAGGACAACCAGAGGGAAGUUUACAAUGGACACAAACGGGUUCAUGCCCUUAAGUUCCAGUCAGUUGUGACUCCCAAUGAUCUCAUUGCAAAUCUUUUUGCUCCAGUUGAGGGAAGAAGACAUGACAGUGGCAUGUUAAAUAUGUCAGGCCUCUUGCAUGAUCUGGAACAUCAUUCAUUUUCCCCAACUGGCCAAGCAUUGUGUCUUUAUGGUGACCCAGCUUAUCCCCACAGAGUGCAUCUCCAAUGCCCAUUUGCCAGAAGGGCUGACCUUACUCCAGAGGAAGAGGCAUUUAACCAAUCAAUGAGUCAAGUUAGAAUUUCUGUUGAGUGGGUAUUUGGAGAUAUUGUAUAUUAUUUUAAAUUCACAGAUUUUAAAAAAGAUCUUAAAAUUGGUUUGAGCACAGUUGGCAAGAUCUACAUGGUGUGUGCAUUGCUACGCAACGGAUUGACAUGUUUAUAUGGCAACAACACCUCAAAACUUUUUGAUGUCUAUCCUCCAACUAUCGAAGAGUAUUUCCAGUAGGUUGUAUCAAUCAAAGAUCUAAAAAACAGCUUUUUUUAAAAAGCUCCUUUUCUUUCAAACAGCACACGAUUAUCUGUUUUGUUUUUCUCUUUAAAGAAAUUAUGGAAAGGAAAAUUCUUUGUAACUACCAUAGGAUGCAUUCCUGCUGUAGAAUAUUUAAAAAGUAAUGAUCAAACCUUUUGGGUACCAAAGUAUGUAAAAAUAAUCAAAAGCUUUAACAGAUACCAAAAUUUUGUCAUUUUGAAUAUUUUUAACCAUUAAUACUUGACUUGAUCGUUCAUAGGUUUCAUUUAAAACUUUAAACAUCAAUCUCGUGACCACAUGACCAAAAUUUUAGAAAUAUUCACUUUCAAAUCAAGGUCCUGGUUUUUUUUGCCUGUUUCUCAAACUUAAAGAAUCUUUUGAAAAGACAUGUAGCAUAGUGUAAGUGAAAAGGCAAACAGGAAAAUAAAUUGUUAAUCACAGGCAAGAAAAAAAUAUUUUUAAGGCAAAGAAGAUUAACUUAUUUGAAACAACCAAUUAAAUAAAUAGCACUGAAAAGAGAUAAUCAAAACUUUCAUAAGUGAUGUUACUGUACCAUAUUUAUACAAAUCUGUGUUUUAGAAGGGGUGGGGGGGUGCUUAUUUACAACUAUGUGCUUUUGGGUGGAGCAUGAGAAGAUACCCAAACAUUUGUAUUUGUACAGAGUUAAAAUUUGAGAUCAAUUAUCCAAUAUUUCUUUAUGAAAUGAGUUGGAAAAGAAUUUGGAAUAAAAAAAUUCAACAUAAUUUUACCUUUUGACUUUUUUUAAUACAAUUAAGCAAAUAUCAGCAAACAAUAUUACAUUUCAAAUCUUUCUAAUAUUUUUAAAAUAGUUAAAUUUUGUUCCUCAAUAAUUGUCAAUUUAUUUUUUAUGCACGCUAUUUGAGCAUUCAUCAUCUUUUGCUGUUCCUCGUAUACUUUAAACUUCUCUUCAAAUUGUUCAUGCUCCCUUGCCUUCAAUUCUUGACUUUUCUCUCUCACCUCUAUCUCCCUCAUCCUCAACUCAAGUUCUCUCUUUCUCAACUCAGUUUCUUGGUCCAAAUUUCUUUCCUUUAUUUCAACUUUCUUUCUUUCCAAAUUAACUUCACUCUCUCUAAGUUUCAUGUUUGAUUCGUGUUUCUCUCUCAGGUACCCAACAUACUCACUUGUGUCACCACCCUUUUUCCUCUUAGAACAUUCUCUUGCCUUAGUUUCUGAGAGACUCUCCAUAGCCCUUUUCCUCACAGCCUGUGCCAUUUCCUUCUCUGCCCCUUGUUGCCUGUCUCUUACCAUCAUCACACUUUGCUUGCUGCUGCUCUGCACUAACUUUUCUUUCCAAAAUAUCCUCCAUUGCUUCAUCUAGCUCACUGGGUUCUGGUGCUACCUCACUAGCCCUCAUUUCUUCGUUCAUUUUCCUUCCAAACCCCCUUUCUAAUUUUACGAAUCUGUCCCUAACAGCUCUCUGAUCAACACUGAACUUUGGCCUUUCUACUCCAUUUAAUGCAUCUGCAAUUUUGUCCCACCAUUUCCCCCUUUCCCUUGACCUAUGCUUAUAUUGAUAAGGCUCCUCUGCCAGAAUUUCACGGCAAAGCAGCACAUCAUGAUCUUUAGUCCAUGUCAUUUUAGGCCUAUUCAAAAUAAGUUUAUAUCAACACAUACACAGGAAAGUUUUGGCUGAGACCUCAAAGCCCAUCCAUUUCAGGAGAGACCAGGAAAAAUUUCAACUAUUUCAGCAAGGUAAACUAACCACUUGUUCUUCUCAAAACAACCAAAAAACAGAUUACAAUUUAAAUAAAGUUUAUUCAAAAUGUAAAUUUAAAAAUGCAUCAAGUACAAAAACAAGUAAUUCCAGCAAGUUAACUUUUACUUUAAGAGUACUUCAAGAAUACAAAGUUGGUGACCAUUCAGAUACUGAUCAUACACAGGCUUUCUCCUUGUAUGAACUGAUAACUUCAACAAAACAUCAGGAAAUCUGGUAGGCUUUUGACCUUUAUUUUGCUGUCUCUCAACGGUAAAUGCCACUUGAUUUCGGAAUUUCAAAAGGAAUUUCAUAUUUCAAUAGACAACUUCAAGGAAAAUUUAAAGCAUUAAAGUGCCAAAGAUCAAACUGAUGCCUACUUAUGAUUCCACCAUCUUCUCCAAAAGAUUGUGUCAGUAGAUAUAUUUGAUACUUUAAUUCUAGUAGAUACUGUUGAUUUUGAUAAGACUCUGUGCUACAGAGAACUUGUUGAACAAAAACACAGGGAAAGUAUACCCUUUGUCUUCCCUAAAUUGCUUUAUGUUGCCUACUUUCUUAAAUUAAUGAAUGACUCUGAAACUUACCUGGAUGUGUUUGUUCAAUGCAAGACAUUUCCAGCCAGUAAGCUGAUCCAUCUGGCAUAAUUUACUCUAUCGGUAACGAAAAACCAUGGAAGCAUUGACCUGACCGCCGAGAGGUGAAGUUCCCAAUUGUUUUCUCUGGUAGCUCGAAUAAACAGCAACAGAAUCUCCACCAUUUCAAUGUAUGUUUGCCACAAAGAGAAUGUUCCAUGCUUCGAUGAUUCCUGCUUUGAAAAUUCUUCUAUUCUUUUUGACAAAGACUCUAGCUGAGGUGAAUGCACACAGUUGGAAAAUUGGUUGUCAGGAUAACACUCCACCAUGCUUACUGCAAUGUGACAGAAAAUAACCUUUCUAAAGAGACAAGAAUAUCUUGAUUAUAGGGGAAAGGGGAGCUUUCAGUUACACCACCACAUGACUAUCAGUCUACCCCUCUUCAGAUACAUAUUUUCAUGAUAAAGCGUUGUGUUAAUAUAUACUUUUGCAAAAAAUUGUACUUACCAAUGAAAUCUUGGGUCUCCUCUUGAAUUUGAAGUGGUAAUGUUUCAAGAUAUGCCUGGAACAGUAAAUGUAUUAGGGCUUCAUACAUGACUUUAUGACAUCUUAUGCUGGGAUUGUAAUGUUUCCCGGUCAAUACACCUGACAAAGAACCCAGUGCUACAAGAUCAGAUUCCAGAAGAAUGUCCUGUGAGGAAAGAAGAACCAUGUUUAGAGCAAAUGUAUGAAUGCAUAAUGAACAAAUAACACCAUCAAAAUGUUACCCCUAAAUGCUUUAAGGAGCUUGAAGGUUAAACUUGACACUGCAUUUAAAAACUUUCUACGUAAUACUUACUUCAUAUUGCAUAUUACUUACUACACUUAUUACCAAGGUACUAUACCUUCCUACUUAUAAUGUCAUAAAUCUAACAUUCCGCUGAAGCAAGACUUGGGUUUCUAAUGUCUUUAUUUAAAUUUCUCUAUUGUUAGAAAUACAAAAUUCUUACAAAAUGUUUUUUCUUACCUUCAGCCCUGCGACCUUGCAAUUUUUGAAAUGGCUCCACAGUAUGACAUGGCCAUAUGAAAAUCUCCCAUUCUUAUGAUGAACCUUGAGUAAUAAGCUGCAUCUUUCCAUCUAAUUUGUUCUAUUUUAGCAUAGAUUGCUUCAUCAAACACAAGGCAUAAAUAGGAAAGUCCUAAUUUAUCUGCAAUCUUGGUGCUUCUUGUUAGGAUGGCAUUAACUGUUGAUAUUUAAGUAGGUGAGGCGUCUAUAAUUGGAAGAUAGCCAAUCAUUGUGGACUUUGGCAGUGAGUUUUCCUGUAACUUGGUAUUGAAUCCUGUCCAAUUUGGUAUGUUUGCAUCAUCAAAUGAUCUGCAUAAAACAAAUGAAAGGUCCAGCAAUCGUUUCCCUUUCUGAUGAUCUUUAUGAAAUUCUUCAUCAAUAUAAAAACUGGAUAGAUGAUGACGUAGGUCAACAGUGAUGUGUCUCCCUAAAACAUAAGGAUCUAUCUUGCUGGAUGGUUCAUCCCAUGAACUUACUCUGCGUGGUAGACUUUUUCUCUCUGGCACUGUUCUCUCUGUAUGUACUGAUUCUCUUUGCAAUAUAAUACCACCUGUCACAUGAGUUGUACCACUGCCAGUCCUUGUGUCUUCUCUAAAGUCAUCAUUGUCCCAUGCUAAAGUAGUACUGGUGUUUGCAGAAAAUCCUGAUGGUAUUAUGCAAUCUGGUGAAAUGUUAAGUUGGGCUAAAGCAGUCUCAUGUCUCAAAGCAAAUGUAUGUGAUACACAGUGACCUAAAUUAUUCAGCAACCUCAGUGCAGAUGAUGAUCCUGUGAGCUGCCUUAGAGCAAUAUCCAAAGAAAUACUCUUUGGUGUAUGUUUUCUUCCAUUUGAAGCAAGGAAAACAAUAUCCUGGGCAAUUGACAUUACUUUAACAAAUUGCUCACUUUCCUCCAAUAUAUGCUGAUCCAGCUGUGCAUCUUCUGAUAAGUCACAUAUCCAAACCAGAAAAUUUAGCAGCUCAAUUGAAACAACAUUUCUUGCAUUUUCAUGACUAAUAUCAGAUGCAAGUGGUGGCCAUGGGAGUUUCAAUCCUGGAUGAUCCGAAAGCUUAUUUCUAAUAAUCAUGGCGCCAUUAUACAAUACCCAGGGGCGGCUGGCAGGAAAAAAAGUUGCUCAUAGAUUCAAAGAGGCUUGAUAUUGACCUCACAAAAUCUGUCUGAGGACCCCCUUUUUAAUGCCUCUAAACGAUUCCAAAAUGGUCUAAAAGCUAAAAGUGAAAAUGCAAUGAAGAUGAAUUGUAGACACAGACUCAGAACACUCAUAAAAAUCGUUCUUGAACAUGGACAAUAAUUUUUAAUUUUACUCCAAAACUAUUUUUGCCUUUGAAUAAAAGAAAUCAAAUUAUCAUCAUUUAUCAUGCUCUACCUAAAACACGUCUUACAUAAAAUUAACUAAAGCUUAAGCUACUUUUUUGAAAAUCUAUCAGAGCGUCUUUGAUUAAAUGCCUUAAAUCUCUCAACUACAUUUGUUUUGAAUUGUGGUUGUUCGGCGAGCCAGCGAAGUGUUUUGUGUUCUACUUGAAGGAAAACUAGCAUUUCUUUUCUUUUCUGGAGCAUAGUGGACCUUGAAGACAACACAACUCUUUUCAUGCGGCUAAAGACUCUCUCGCAAUGAACACUCGUUAAUGGUGUUACUGCAGCAAGCUCCAAAACUGUCAUUGCCUGAGGAAGUGCAUCCUGUAAUUCUGUCUUCUUUAGAAUGGUCAACAAAUCUUGGAUUGAGGGUUUGCCUUCAGUAACAAUAUCAACUUCUACUUCAACUUCAUUUGUCACCUCAAACAAAUCAUCCUCUUCAACCGCUUCUCUCUCCGACAGUCUGCUUUCGGGGGGCUCUUCGUUAGCUCUGACAAGUCUUCUGCGUCUUUCUUUCUUUUUCGCGAUGAAAGCGUCCCGCUCUCUUGUUACUCGGUCAAGCAAAACGGAUAUUUCCCUACUGUUAUAUAGGACAUUGAGACAGUGUUCAAGUGCAAGUGGAUCCGGUACCGCAGUUGGAUAAAUGUCCCUUAAUUCGGCUAUUAACUGCUUUUGCUCUUGAGAUGAAGCGUUCUUUCUUGCUUCAAAUUUGGAUGGGUGAAUAAGAUUCAUCCAUUUAAAUUUGUUCAAGUUCUCAAACCUCCAGCUAAUUUGAUCUGUGAAUCUAGAAGUAACUUGCGCUGCGAUUUCUACCAAGGAUCGCUUCCAACUUUCCGUAGAACCAUCUAUACUCCCCUGUAUUCCACGCCAACCUGCCCUUUUUCUAACAGCAGGGAUUUCCGGAUCAAGAUUCAUUGUGUCUUCCCAGACAUCAUUGAAGUCGAGGGCUUCCAACACAUCUUGAAAAUCCUCUAACAUUGAAGACAGCUGCACCGCAUCAAGUGUUGGCUUUUGCAUCAUUUUAAUAAUCGGUGCGCAAAAACUAAAUAUCUUUCUGUAAAGUUUAAGCAGAAAAACAAACUUAAUAUGCUGAAUUUUUGUGCAUAGUCCCCUUGCAGUUGUUCGUAUUUCCGAUUUCUCAUCUCCAUCUAGAGCCAUUUCAAAUAACACUGUUCCAAUAACCUCAUACGAAGAAUCGAUAGCUUCUAUUGCGGUGUCUCGAGAGAGCCAGCGGGUAUCGCCAGGUUUGGGCAAACUACGGCCAAGUAAAUGUUUGCGUUUCGGGCUACUUCUGAAGAAUUUAACGACACUGUCAACAGUAUCAAAAAAGCUGGCGACAUUUUGAAUUUUCCUUGCUGUUUGAGAGGCACAAAGCGACAUCCUGUGUGCAACACAAUGGUUGUAAAAAGCGAACGGAAAAUUAUCUUGAACUUGUCUCUGCACACCGCUUAAUGCACCACUCAUCGGCCGAUUGAUCUCUUGACGAAUCAACCAUUGCCAGCAAAUGUUCUUCGAUCUCUCCAUUAUUGAUUAGCCGCACCCAGAUCGCCGACUGCUCAACGUUACUGAUGUCACUAGUGUCAUCCAUCAUAACGGACAGAAACGUAGAAUUUUUGAUCCGCUUUUCAAUUUCAGUUCUGACUUCCUGAUACAUACACUUGAUCAGAUCAUUCUGCGGGUCAUGCGACGUGUAGGUAAUUCGUUCGUUGUCGAGAAAUUCUCGUAGUUCAUUACAGUAGGAUCCUAAAAGGUCCAAUAAUUUGACAAAGUUACCCCUAUUUGACGAAGAUUUGGAUUCAUUGUGCGCUCGAAAUGCCAAACGUUGUGCUGACAAAAAUAAUGCAAUGUUAAUAUGGUGCUGAAGUAUGCGUGUGUAUUUUGUGGCCUUGUGGUUAUGCUGGGCAAUUGAUCUGGCUCUUGCUUCAUCUAGUGCACAUGCCACGUCAGUAUUACCAAGCAAAUUGAGAGCGGUGUGGUUCAUAAUGUGAAGCUUAGAUGAUUGGUGCCUAUCUGCUAUGUUAGCAAGGCUUCCUCCAGUUGAUCGAUAUCCAGCCUCUUGAACAAAACACACCUUUUGCAUCUAACAAUAAAAAAUGAAAAAUGGUUAAGAGAGUGUAUUUAUGAAAUGAAGAAAGUAUAUUUGAUUGGAAGCAACAUGAAAAAUGACACAUCAACAGAGACAAAUGUGACAACCACUUUAAGUCAGUUGAAAAAAUGUAGUUUUAAAUCAAAAUCGAAACUUCAGUAUUCAGAUUGUGUUUGUCCCGAUUUUUUUUCCUACAAAAUACGUGUCCCAAUGUUCACGAAACAGUAGCGAGAACGGAAAAACUUUACACCUAUAUUUCUCUCAAUGGGGGGGCUUUAUUCUAGAUUGCACUGAAUGCCAAAAUCAUAGCGUCAAACAAUAAUUUAUUCUUAACAACCUCCCUAUCCUCUUUUAACAACGUUAGUUUAGAAGAACUGCCUUAAUAAAUAUCUAGCAAUGAAAAUAAUUCAUAAGAAUUACUUUCUAAACAUGGCACAUUUACCCCUAGACACACAUGACAUAAAACAUGAACGCUUUUCAUUUUGGCAUCAUUCAAGACAUGGCAGUCUCUCGCAUUAAUAGAAUCGCAUUUCUAUUCAUGGGGCUAUCAUUUAGAGCAGUCAGCCGUUACACAAUAAAAUCGACCAGCGGCUGUCUACUCCUACGUAAAAACCCUGCAUGAAUAGAAAUGUGAUUCCAUUCAUGCUGACGGGUCGCCCUGCUUAGAGUCAAGGACUGUCUAUAACAGGACCAGACCAGGGACCAACCAAAGGAAGAAAUAUUUCUCCAAAUAGUUUGAGCUCUAAGGGUUUAGAAGAAUCAAGGAAUUUCUACGCCCAAAAUCAUUCUUUAGUAUAAAUAAGGGAAAAUAUUAUUUUUUGAACGUUGAACACUCACCUUUGACAAAUCACCCAUAAUCAAACAUGGCCAGCAGAAAUAUGUAUUUGCAGCUUCAUCGCCACAAAUCCAAGAAUAUGUCUUGUACACUGAGUCUGAUGACCGAUUCUUUAGAACAAUUUUAGGGCAUGGUCUUUCAUCUUUUUUAAGCCGUAAACGUUGCUCAUAUGUUAAACUUCGCUGAGUCGAAAGUAGGGAAAAUACCUUUCCAACGUUCCAACGUAUUCCGUCAAUGUUUGCUUGAUUCAUUUUAAGAAAGUUGUGGUAACGAAAGAACGAAUGAAAUGACUUUCGGGGCCUGGAAGGUCACUUAUAUAGCGCGUGAAUAGAAAAGCAAAACUAUUAAUGCGGCCAACAGGCAACGGCCACAAGGCAUUCUUUCUCCUGGAAAUCUGUGACGUACAGCUGUUGUAAAACAAAAGGUCAAACCCUCCACGCUCAUAGUAUUUCAAAACUAUGAGCGUGGCUGUGUUUUGAUUUUAUGGCUGCCACGAGAAAGAUAAGAUCAAGACAACAAAAGCGCUAUUGCGAUAGAACGCAACGGGCACAAACAAAUCUAUUUAAAUUGAUUAAAUACUCCAUAUGUAAAAGCAUGGCUCAAAGGACAGACAACACCUGGAAAAAUGGUCGUCAUGCUCAUUGAAUUAUCUUCUAUUGGAAAUUUGAACUUUAUUUUCUGUGGAAAAAAACUUGCUCAUAGACUAUUCAUACUAUGAGCAGUGCCCGCCGCCGGUGACAAUACCUGAAGUUCAUUUACAUGCAUCUGGCUGCUUCCUGGCAAAACAUAUUCAUCAUCCAUUGCUAUGCUUUCUUCUAAAAUUGUUUCCUUUAAUUUCAUGUGUUCAUCCAGUAUAUCUUCGUAAGAUAAAUUCUCCACAUAAACCUUCUCGCUUUUGUUGCUCAUUCUUGGAGUGAAGAAUACGAGCUGAGGAUACAUUUUCUGAAGUCUUUCAAACGAAAUGAUCUGAAACUAGAAGCAUCAAUAACUUCUUCUUCUUUUACUAUAUUUAAGAAUCUCUCAAAAAUAGUAGUCAUGUGCAUCAUUUUAUUCUCUGCAAUAAUCUUUUCUCAAUAAUCUUAGAAGAGAACUUUUUGUAACUUUUUUCAUACAACAAUUGUGUAAUAUUUUGCAAUUUUUCCGGGCCAGCUAGAAAAUUUGUGUAGUUUGCAUAGCAAUUUUUGUGAUAUCGCACCUGAAUUGCCACACAAUCUUGAUCUCUUAUUUGAAGGAGAAUCUUCUCGUUGUUUUUUAAUUCAGCUGCAUGACAUAGUUGCCCAGCAUCUUCUGUCUGGCAUAAUGUUAGGGGUACUCGCUUUCGUUUACCACUCCACUAAAAAAUUGGUAGCAAAAUAUCAGAACUAAAAAAGACAUUUAGUUCAAACAUUGAUUUUAAGCAUCAUUUUUUUAUCAAUCUCAAGGUGAUUAUUGUAUUAAAUGCAUGUAUGUCCAUAAAGGUGAGAUACAGCAAGCAAGAAAUAUUGCAGUUUUGCUUUCCAAAUAAAUUUAUUUAUAGAGAAUAAAUACUUUCUUUUUCAUCUUGAUAUUUGAAGACCUCCUUGUCUUCAGAUAAAGGGGAAACCAAAAACAGCCUAUAAUCACAAUGUUCUUGUUCUGCGUAAAGGCAUUUUUUAGGUUCGCAACAUGUGGCUCAACACAAGUCGUAAAAUUAUUUUUCGGUAUUUUUGAUUGAAGUUUAUUGCAGGGUACGAAUCAUGAUCACUGACCUUAUCUUGCUGAAACCAGUCAGAACCUUUCAAGCAAAUUAUACAACGCUGUGGGAGGACAAAUGAAUUUCUUUGCUUUGGUUUUAUUGCCAUUGUCAUGGUGCUUUUCUACCCCUCCAGCCGUAUUAACUUGCGGUAUGGUUGUAUCAUGUUGGUUGUCAUUGUCGUGGUUGGUUGUCAAAGAAUUAUUAUCAUCAGUUUCCUUGCUGCUACUACUUGUGUUUAUCAAGUUUUUAUUGGCUUCGGCUCUCCUUAUUUUCUCUUCGUCACACAAACGCUUGUAGCAAGUCUUGUGACAAUACCACUCCAAAUCAAAGUUAUCUGAGUUGAUCUGUUCGAGUCCUGUUUCGUCUGAAAAUAGGUUGUAUGAACUGCGACAAAUCUCAGCAUGUUCACCAUCCAAACUGACCCACUUCCCUCUACAGCUAAAAAAAUUUCUCUAGACGUUGUUUCGUUAUCAAAUAUGUACUUUCUUUGAUAUCUUCAAAGUGCAUAAAACACGAUUUGACAAUCUUUGGCAACCGGCCUCCUUCUUCUCCAUCCGCCAUGAUUUUAAACAACAAAGCAACUAAGCAACAUCACCAUAUAUGUAAAAUUAGCGGACCACAUCGAAAUCACUGAAUCACAAGCGGAAAAGUGAGUCCGCCGAUUAGCCUACAUAUCACAUGCUUCAAGAUAUCAUAAUGGCGCUUCUCUUGUUUGAAGAAAAUUUGGCAGCUUCUGGGAAUAUUUUUAAAAGAAUUGUGCAGCUGUUUCAAUUGGGGCCAAGUAUCUUGCGGAUGUGGAAUGAAAAAUGCGUCAUUUAAUGCCAUUCUUGCUCAGUUUCAAGGAAUGUGCAACAAAAACGACAUGCUAGAGCAACAUGGACUUCGGCCUAUACGGGAAAUUUGUGAUAAACGCUGGUACACUAAUUCCAGAUCUGCCUCCACCAAUGUGGCCACUAAUGGCCAAAAAACUUGGAUACAAUGUUUGGCAUUAUUUCAAGAAACAGAAGCGACUGCCUUGCCAAAAACCUCAUUCCCCAAUUAGUGCCAAAGAAAUGGAUGGACUUUUGUAUCUUGCUGUAUAUGUAGUGAGCCAGCCACUUUCAUCAGUAUUUAACAAUUUCAUUGAGGAAACAACAUAUCACAGAGGUUGAUUGCCAGUCAGACAAAGGGGGGGUAAUUGCUUUGAAAACUGAGGAACAGAUAAUCUUGUUGUCUGUAGAAAAACUUUCGAAGCCCAUACUUCAACAUCAAAUAUUGUUAGGAAAAAAGCUCUACAGCUCGGGAUAAAUCUGUUGUUUGAUAUUGAUCUCAUUAGCAUGUAUAAUUGCCUUAUAGAAAAUUCCAUUUUACCAAUAGACCUUGAGGUAAAAAAAAUUGUUGGGAAACAUGCUGAAGUUAUACUUUGGCGCCAGGUUAUUUUCUUUUGCAAGAGAUGUUGCAGGAAACCACUUAUAUGUUUCAAGGAAGGUUGAAACAAAAGCUUUGCGGAAAGAUAUUGAAAAAGCAACAGAUAAACCCUGCAUUAAUAAUUGACAAAUUAUGAAGUAGUAAUAACCACCGAGAACGCAUGGGGUCACAUGCUUUUGGGACAGCUUUUAAAUUCUGUUCAAACCACAUCCCAUUUCAUAAUGAACAACCUUACAAAAAUGAUUCCAUACAAUGUGCUUGCAGUUAUUCCACAUGUAUCGUGUUUUUCCUUCAGGUGGCUAUAUUAAAAUCUUUUUAAAAAUUUGAGAAGAAUUCAGAAGGUACAGAUAGCGAAUCAUUUUGCAUUUGCUUCAUCGGUAAUAAUCAAAAUAUUUAUAUAUUAAUCUGUACUAUCAAAAGCCCUAAAAGUCUUAAUCAGUAAUAUUAUUUUUAUAAAUAUUCAUAUAAAAAACAAUAAUGAGAAAGUAAUAAGACAACAUUAUAUUGAUUAAAAUAAAUUAUUAAUAUUAAAAAUUAGUCUGCCUCAUGAGUGCACAAGCACAAAACUUGGAGUAACAGAAAACAUUUCUCACAUCAAGCCUAUCUACUACUAUAUAUAUUUAAACAAAUGUGAUUAGAAUGAGUAUGUAUGUACAUUCAGUCGAAAUAUGAAAUGGUCCACAAGAUAUUUUGCAUGUUUAAUUUUGCGGCAAGAUACCAAGUUACAUCUUUAUUGAAGUUUCUUCCCCAAAUGAUAAACAUAGUUUUGAGUUGUCUUCAUUAAAUGGAGUGCAUCAGAAACAAACCAUAUGUGUCGAUCCAGUAAAAACAAAUUUAUGGUACAGUGGACACCAUCUGCACCUUUCUUUCCACCCAACAUAUCAUGCAUUUUGUUAAACUUUCUGUUGCAUGAAGCUCCAUCUGAAACUGCAGCAACAAUUGAAGGUCAGCUCCAGUAUAGCAAUUGCUUCCCAAGAAGUUAUCAUAAUUGGGUGACUCCUCUUAUAGCAAAAUAUGCAAAGCUGAAUUUCAAGUCUGAUGCCAAACCUCUCACAUAAAAUACCAGGGCAUGACUGGCUAACUGGUCAACAUCAUCAAAGCAAGAGUAAUUUAGAUCUGCAUUACUCAAAUGAACAAACCCAAUUAGUUCGCCAUUUGUUUUGACCAAAAUUCUCCUGAAGUUUCACCUCACCAAUUGAAAUAACAAUGUAAUGUUGAACACCCUUCAGCAUUGAUGCAGUUUCAAUGAGCUCAUUGAUCACUUCAGAGUUAAAACCUGUCUUAGGUCUAAUUGCAUUUCGAUAGUCCCUUAAUGUUUUCUACCACUUGGGAGAGUCAGUAUAAUUGUAUUAGUUUAUCGUAGACAGAUGCAAAUUUUGAUGGCAGGGACAGGCAAAAGCAUAAUAUCAUUAUGCGAUUUUCUUACUUCCACUUUGCAGAAGUUAAGUUUGUUGAUCCCAAAAAAGUUUUAUGAAUGGUUAUGAAUUCUGUAUUUUGCUUACCAUAAUUCCAAAAAUGUCACUUUAAAGCUCAUCAUCAAUUUCUACAUCUGCAGACUUUAUUUCUUUUUCUAUUCUUUGGAUUUGAAUUUUCCAUUUUGAAGACUUCAAUCUCUUUUCUGCAGGGCUAACUCUGCCCUGCCACAUCUGCCAUCGAAUUUUUGUUGACUGGAUCUACCCUUGCAACAUCAAUAAAAAGAGUAUCUCUAGGACAGCUGCUAAGAUAGUAAGCAUAACUGUCAAAAGAUAGCUGACCUUUUUUUCGUCAGGAAAAUACCACAUGGAGUUGGUGUAAUGGAGUUGGACAGUGUUACAUCUUUAGAAAAGAUAACUGGAAAGAGUUAUAUUGGAAAGAGUUUCCCAGGUGGCCAAUUCGGACAUACUCUGUUUUAACAGAAUUGUUUGAAUAAAUGUUUUCCCUUCUCCAGCAUACGAGGGGGCAUUCAAAAAGUUUCCGGAAUUAAAGAAAUAAAAUGAACUAACUAAACAGUUUUAUCUACAUCUUUUCAAAGUACUCUCCAGCAUUAUCUAUGCACUUUUCCAUUCGCUGGAACCAUUUGUGGAACAUGUUAGCUCACUCUGUUUGUGGUAUAGCCUGGAUGUGCUCCAAAAAUCCCUCUACUUGCAAGAUCAGGGGUGUCAAACCUCACCCCACAGAGCUUCGACUUGCUAAAAGGAAACACAAAGAAGUCCCAUGGAGCCAGGUCUCGACUGUAAGGUGGAUGAUCUACAAUGCCUGCCAAAAGUCUUGGAACACUGACGUCAAUUUUAAAGUUCAGAAUCAAUCAUCCCCUCUCCCCUACAGAACAAUGUUGGUUUACUAUCAAACGAAUUAGGAUUUUAGGAAGCACUUUCCUUCGCUUUCUAAAAUAGAUAUUUCUCUAAAUCAUCAACAUUGUUUUAGGGGGAAGGGGGCGGAAGUAGUAAAUUUUUUUUCAAGAAAGGAAUGAAAGAUAUGAAUGAAGCGUAAAUUGCCAGGUGUUCAAAGUACUUAUGGCAUUGCUGUUGUACUUUCUCUAUUUGCAGGAAUUCCUGAGUAACGUUUGCUCUGUGCGCUGCAGCGUUGUCAUGAUGCAGCAACAGCACACAGUGUUGAGUUCUCGGGCCCCUUCAGCAACUGCAGCAAGAACACAAGGAAGGACGUAUUUCUUGAAUAGAAACUGCGGCUUCUAUUAUUUUCAUUAGGGAAAAAUGUGGCUUAUAAUCAGAGGCGGCUUGUAUUUAAGGGCGGCUUUUAUUUUUUUUUGGUUGUUACACCUUCGAAU